AUGUCGUCGAGUGCCGAGUCGUACGCGCUCUCCCAGAUGCUUGCGAAUGGCCCUCCAUAUCCAGCUCGAAACGCCGCAUUCGGCGGAAAACCAGAUGAUACGAUUGACGUAGGUGUCUCGGCCAUGUUCAUAGUGAUAUUUGCGUGUCUCGCCGCCACACACAUGUACCUCUUUAAGACCAACAAGGCGAAGGGUCAUUUCUUCAUAUUCUCCGGCGUCACUUUUGGUUUCUGCAUGGCUCGAAUCACCACUUUCGCGAUGCGAAUAGCCACUGCGAAAAACCCCGAGAACACGCAGGUGGCUAUGGCGGCGGGCAUCUUCGUCUCGGCGGGCGUGCUACUCCUCUAUAUCGUCAACCUGAACUUCACGCAACGGAUAGUGCGUAGCUACCACCCGCGGUUCGGGCGCAGCAAGCCAGUGGUCAUCGCCUUCGCCGUGUACUACGUUUCCGUUGUUUGCGUUUUGAUAAUGCUCAUCACGGCGACGGUCAUAGGGUUCUACACCCUCGACACGGCCAGGCUGCUGAAGUGCCGGGAUAUCCAACGCUUCGGGAUCAUCUACUUCACGGUGUUUUCGUUCAUGCCGAUUCCGCUAGUGCUCGCCGCACGCUUCAUCCGCACUCCCGCGAAGGCAAAGUUUGGAAAAAUGGGGACGACUAUGCACAAGGUGAUCAUCGUAAUAAUUGCCAGUCUGUUACUCACCCUCGAAAACGCCUUCCGCGCAGCAAUCGCGUUCCUCCCUCCCCGGCCCAUCACGAACCCCGCGUGGUACCACAAGCGCGCGGCUUUCUAUGUUUUCCUGCCCACGCUCGAGGUGAUCGUCGUCAUCCUGUACGCCGUGGCCCGCGUCGACCAGAGGAUGUUUGAGCAUGGAAAGGCUGAGCGCGAGGCUAAUACCGCCAACACUUCUGACGAGGAGAAAUCGAGAUCGGGCACUGAGUUAUGA